AGAGGAAGUCUAGAUAGGGCGCUCUAGUGAGAGAGAGUGAGAGCUCCAGAGCUCCAAUGGAAGCCGCCCGUGGCCUCAUCUCUUCCCCUCCAGCUCUCAAUCCCCCCAGGAAUCACUCCAGAAGUCCCUUCUCAACUUCUGUUCCAGUGCUUCAUGACCAAACUAGCCGAGCAGUUUCCUCUAUGCCAACGAUGUCAGUAGUGCGGCAUUUUCCUGCAUCUGUUCUUUCUCAUGAGCAACGAGAUGACUAUAAGACUUCUUAUUCUGUUCGGGAGGAGAAACCCUCGCAGCAUGAGGAGAGUGGCUUGCCAUUUUCUGAAGAGAAGGAGAAGUAUAAUUUCGAGCAAUAUUUGAAACAUUUUGAACGCCGGUUGCUCCACCAACCGGGUUUCUGGUACCUAUGUCAUCUUCCACAUCACUCGGAAAAGCCUGUAACACCCACUUCUGUUGGUUCAGUAACAAGUGGGACGAAUGGAAUUUCCUCCGUUGUAGUGUCACCAGAAGAGCAGAAUAAUGUGGAUUCUGUGAGACUAGAGGAUGUUCUAGCCCUUGCUAACAGAGCGAUGAUUGCUUCGAGAAGAGCAGCUUCCUUAGCAGAAGAGUCUGUUGUCCUAGAAUCUGAAUUUAAUGAAUCGGACUUUAUAGGUCUGGAUGUUGAAGACUCCAUCAUUGGCAAGGAGAUUCUUAUUGAUGAACCAACGAUAAGAUCAAAGAGACGUUUGGAGAGGCGGCUUAAGAAACGAAAGGCCUCAAAGAAGCCAAGCGAUGAUGUCUACAAGGUUGCUAGUUCGAUGGCCAUGAACAUAAGCAAGAAACUUCAUAAAAACCAUAAUCAGAAUGACCCACUCGGAUUGUUCUUAGGUCUUCCUGAGACCAAACAAUUGCUAACAGUUAAAGAAGAAAAGGUUUUGUUUGCUCAGAUACAGGAUCUCAUGAGAUUGAAUGAAGCAAAGGAGAGGCUUUGUGCUGAUUUCAACCGUGAACCAACAGUAGCUGAAUGGGCACAAGCUGUUGGAAUGAGUUGUCAUGAUUUGCAAUCAUCCCUUCUCACCGGGAUUCAGAGCCGUGACAGAUUAGUAUACGCCAAUUUCCUUCUUGUUGUGCAUAUUGCUAGACAAUAUGAAGGGAAGGGUCUUAGUAUUCAGGAUCUACUGCAGGAGGGAAGCAUGGGUCUUAUGAAGAGCUUAGAAAAGUUUAAGCCCAAAGCUGGUAGCCGGUUCCCAUCCUAUGCAUAUUGGUGGAUUCGACAGUCUAUUCGGAAGGCCAUAUUUCUGAAGUCCCGAAUAAUUCGCUUGCCGGAGAAUAUAUAUGCACUUUUGAAAACAAUAAGGGCCGCACGAAGGUCAUGCAUUCAAGAAGGUCGUGUCCCGACAAAAGAAGAGCUGGCGAGACGUGUUGGAAUCACCGUCGAGAAGUUGCAAAACACGUUAGCACUCUCCAGAAACCCGAUAUCAAUUCAAGAACGGCCAUGGGCCGAUCAGGAUGUCACAUUGCAGGAAAUCACCGCAGACCCCGUAAUUGAGACGCCCGAGCUCAGCGUCUCAAAACACAUGAUGAGGCAGCACAUUCGCAACCUCCUCAGUCAUCUGUCGCCAAGAGAACGAGAGAUCAUCCAGUGGCGCUUCGGAAUCAACAACAGCAAACCAAUGACUCUCUCGGAGAUUGGCAACAUCUACGGCUUGUCAAAAGAACGGGUCAGGCAAGUUGAAACACAUGCGAUGAAUAAGCUAAAGUCUUAUCUUCCAACCCAAGGUCUCCAAGCAUACGCCGAACUUCUAACUUGAGAAAAUUCUUCGAUCAAUGUAUAUAUAAAUGUAAAAAACUAUUUUAUCAGAGUGAUUAAUGCAGAAAUCAAAUUCUGAGUAAAACAAAUUUCUGCAGAUUGGUUCAGAGUUCUGUGUUUCUCAGUCUGUAUUCUCAUGCAUCCAUGCACAAAUCACUUCAAUUAAAUUGAAUACAGUUUUACA